GCACCAGUCAGCUGAAAAGAACAGACCAAUUGUUUCAUAGCCGCGUUCCGUUUCACGUAUAUGCACGCGUUUAUCUACAGUUCAUGUCACGUAUAUUGUAGAAAAUGCGCGCAUAAUGCGUGAAACGGAAUGCAAUCUCAGUAUUGCGAACGAGUCUUUUUUUGCGCAUGCGCAGCGAAAUGAUAAGAAACUAAGGUUAACUUAUAUCAAGGUUAUGUUGUGAUAAUCCCAAUUACAUGAUCGCCACAACAUAUCGGCUCCAAAUGACAUUUAUUAUUCUAAUAUUUAUUUAAUAUCUCGUCUGAAGCUGCAUAGAAGAAUUUGAGAGAAAGAGGAAAAAAAUGAUAAGUAUAUUGUGCAGCCGUUUAUUACGCGAAGCACCGCGAAACAGUAAGCUGUGGAUCACAACAAGAAAUACGUAUCUCACUAGUAUUUCAACACGAUUAAGAUUAUUCAACAAAUUCUACGUUGCGGGUCACAAUCCUGUGUUUUCACUUUUCAACGUCCGGUGUUGCAGUGGCAAUGUGAUAGAGCGUGCUCAAAAGAAAAGCGUACCGCAAUCAAAAUCUGUCGUACCGCCGGUGAAAUUCACGUCGGUUGUCGCCAGCCUGACCGGAGCUAAGCCUGGCCAACAGAAAAGGAAUUGUUUCCAUCCUGGUGUGUCUAGUUUAAGUAGAGAUGCAAUCAAUUUGCGAGAUAAACCGCCAGUCACUAGUACAGACAUGCUCAAAGCCAUGCUUAAAUACAUCUGGCCAGAGGAUGAUCCAGAGAUACGGAAGAGAGUUAAAAUAGCGGUGGGUUUGCUUAUAGGGGCCAAGGUUUCAAACGUCACUGUGCCAUUUAUCUUCAAGUAUGCAGUGGACGUCUUAAAUACUCAUAGCAUAGCAACCACGGGCACUGCUGUGAUGGGUUUAACAACCGCACCCGCAACAGUUGCAACUGUAGCAACGUCGCUGCUCGUAGGAUAUGGAAUAGCGCGAGCCGGAGCGGCCGGUUUCAGCGAACUGAGAAACGCAGUCUUUGCAAAGGUUGCGCAGCACUCUAUCCGUAAAAUAGCAAAAAAUGUUUUCCUACAUCUGCACAAUCUCGAUAUGGCCUUUCACCUGAGCAGACAAACCGGCGCUUUGUCGAAGACGAUAGAUCGCGGUAGUCGUGGCAUCAAUUUUGUUUUGAACGCCAUGGUAUUUAAUGUUGUGCCCACAGUAUUUGAAUUGGCAUUAGUUAGUACAAUAUUGGGAAUAAAAUGCGGACCAGAAUAUGCGGCUGUGGCACUGGGUUGCGUGAGCGUUUACACCGCGUUUACUCUAGGCAUUACGCAGUGGCGCACCAAGUUCAGAAUUCGUAUGAAUCAGGCGGAAAACGAAGCGGGCAAUAAAGCAAUUGAUUCGCUCAUCAAUUAUGAAACAGUAAAAUAUUUCAACAACGAAAAAUUCGAGGCGGAACGAUACGAUCAAUCAUUGAAAAAAUAUGAAACGGCAUCCCUCAAGACCAGUACGAGCUUGGCGAUGUUGAAUUUCGGUCAAAACGCCAUUUUCAGCGGUGCAUUGAGUCUUAUAAUGGUGAUGGCAGCGCACAACAUAAUAAAUGGUACUAUGACCGUUGGAGAUCUUGUGAUGGUGAAUGCCUUAUUGUUCCAACUUUCGGUUCCAUUAGGAUUUUUAGGUUCGGUUUAUCGCGAAGUGAGACAAGCUUUUAUCGACAUGCAAAGCAUGUUUACUUUAAUGACAACAGACACCGCUAUUAAAUCGAAGGAAAAUGCAAUAAAAUUUUACGUGACGCCAGAUUCUUCGGAUAUUCUCUUUAAAAACGUAGGCUUCCAAUAUGUUGAGGGUAAAUCUAUCUUCAAAGACGUAUCGUUCACCAUACCAAGCGGCAAAAAGGUUGCUAUCGUGGGAGGAUCUGGUUGUGGCAAAACAACGAUUGUGAGACUGCUGUACAGAUUUUUCGAGCCACAGAACGGUAACAUUUAUAUCAACGGCCAUGACAUCCGGGAUGUCGAUCUAGAUGAUCUCAGGAAUUGCAUUUCAAUCGUACCUCAAGAUACUGUACUUUUCCAUGAAAGUAUAUUCUACAAUCUACAUUAUGGUAAUUUGAGAAAAUCGCGCGAUGAAGUUUUCGAAGCUGCGAAAAUGGCAAACCUGCACGAUUCUAUAUUGAAAUGGCCGCAAGGAUACGACACGCCCGUAGGAGAACGCGGUUUAAAAUUAAGCGGAGGGGAAAAACAGAGGGUCGCCAUCGCCAGGGCAAUUCUAAAGGACAGUCCUAUUCUUAUUUUUGACGAAGCUACUUCUUCACUGGAUUCUAUUACAGAACAUAACAUACUGGACGCUUUGCGUAAAGCAACAGAAAAACGGACAUCAAUCGUAAUCGCGCAUCGUUUAAUGACUGUUAUGGACGCUGAUGACAUACUCGUUUUAGAUCAGGGUAAUUUGGUCGAAAGAGGAACACAUAAUUCUCUACUAUCAACACCGAAUUCCCUCUACAGCAAAUUGUGGGAUACACAACAUUUAGGACAUAUAAAGAAACAUAGUCACGUACAAGAAGAAAGAAAUACAGGCAAACAGUCUAAUUAAAGACACGAUAAUAUAGGUAAAAAUGUACUUUUAUCAAAUGUGAAAGUUUUAAUCUUGAUAAAAAUUUAAUAGAGUAUUUUAUGAUUAAAACUCGUCAGACACGAAAUAUACAAGUUAUUUCAGGUGAUAAUAAACCAUUGCGAUACUGUAUAAAUGUAAAAUUAUACAUAGGCAAUAAUAUUUAUCCUGAAGUCAGUGUACAUAUUAGAAAUAAUGUUAAUUAGUGAUUGUAAAUCAAUGACAUAUAUUUGAUUAAAUUGUUACAAAUAGUACACACACA